UAACGCAAGGUUCCAAAGCGCGCUGCGAAAUCGUUCACUCAUUGGGAAGAAUAAAAUAAAAAUUAUGUUCGGAGGAGACCGAGGCAGCCCGCUGUUACCCGUCGUUUACUUUGACGGCAAGAGGGAGAUCGACGUCGGCUCUGUCUUGGUGGACCCCAAUCUGAGCUUCAAGAACCUUCUAUCUCUGUUGAGCCAGAGGAUUGGGAUCCCGCCGAACCAGUUCUCCGUCUACCUCGCCUUCGUGGGGAGCGACCGGAAAAUCCUACUCACCGCCAGGGUCAGCCUUGCCGUCGUGCGCCGCGAAGACAGUAACUACUACUUCUUUGUCAAGCGGGUCAAUCGGUCCAAGAAGCCAGCUGCCAGCGGAAAUUACUCCAAACCGAACCAGAAUAUUUCGCCGGAGAGCGUCAUGCUCCUCCGCCGCGAAGCCGCUGUCGCCUCCGGAGAAGCGACGCCGGCUUCCUCGUUCAGGUCGGCGUUUGCGGCGCCGAUUCUGGAUCGCGUCGAGUACGAGAGAAGGUUGAGGAAUUGGCAGAUGGAGAGGGAGUCUUUCUUGACGAAUAUGCGCAUCGGAAUCAAUCGUGUCGCCGUAGGAAGGGAAGCGCCGAACGUUGGCGGCGGCGGCGGUUGCGAAGAGUGUUUGAACGCGAAGUUGAGUGGAAUUGAUGGUGGUUUUCAUUUGUGCGUGAAUGACAAGGUGACGGUAGGGUUCAGGUCGGCGGCGGGACCGAUUUCUCGGCCGGCGAAAGAACCGGGCGAGGACUGUCCCUGAUUUCUGGGGCGGUUUUCUUUUGUCUCUUGGUGCAAGAAACAAAUGUGCAUAGGGAGAGUGAUCGCGUGCGGUCAGGUAUACGAUAAAGUUGUGUUGACAUUUAAUUAAUUAAUCCUUAGGUGACUUUACGCAUGGUAUAUAGACGAUCUUGCCCCUUGAGGGAGGAGGGGGUUUUAAUUAUCAUCCAUGAAUGUGAUGUUUUUGUAGGGAGAAGUGAGGGUUGUUUUGUGACUUUAGUUUUGGGUUGUUUUCCAUUUUGCUUGUACAAGAAAAAUUGUAGAAUUGGUAAUGCAUAGGGUCUUAUAAUUGUCCAUGUGAACGUGGAAUGCGAAUUUUAAACGUUUGUUCAUCAAAUAAAUGCUUCCUCUUCUUUUAG